UUGACAUUUGUUUGUGAAUUACAAAACAGUGGAAGCCCACGAAUAAACGAGUAGGCUAUUAAUCCAGCGUCCGCUAGUAGGGUCAUUAGCAAUUUAACCUAAAUAACCAGUUGUUAUCUACCAACAUGGCUUUUUGUUAAGUAGAUAAAACAUUGGCUGGGUAUUGUAAUAGCUAUCUCGACAAAUAACGCAAACACCCAGGCCAAUUGAAAUCAGAAUCCAGCGUAUGGACCGAGACGAGGGGAACAAUACAUAGCUAGCCAUAUUCGCAGUACUUAAACGUUAUUGUGAAGAAGAAUAAACGACUAGCUGGCUGGCUAGCAAGAAAAUACGCGAAGUGGAGACUAGACCAGACUCCAGGCCGUCAGACUACGGGCAAAAAUACUGAAGUGUGUGCAGCUAUAAGACCAAUAGAAAAGAGGUACUGCUUCGUGAGGAGAGGCUGGGGAGAAUGUGAAGCACAAUGGCCAACUUUGAAGCCUACCAAGAGUACCACCGGAUUGAGGACUUUGAGGAGGACUCACCGCCUGGAGAGGAGGACCUGUUAGUACAUGUGCCAGAAGGCCUCAAAGACUCAUGGCACCAUAUCAAGAAUCUGGACAACUUCUUCACAAGAAUCUAUCAGUUCCAUCAAAAGAAUGGCUUUGCCUGUAUGAUGUUAUCAGAGUUCUUUGAGCUUUUUCAAUUCCUGUUUGUGGUCACAUUCACAACGUUCCUCUUCAACUGUGUGGAGUAUGAUAUCCUGUUUGCUAAUCGGGCAGUAAACCACACAGGCCCUGGCCAGAACCCCCUUGACCGGAACAAGGUAUCUCUUCCUGAUGCCAUCCUACCAACCCAGCAGUGCACUGAGAGGAUCCAGGAGAACAGUUGGAUCAUCUUUCUGCUUAUCAUGGCAGCCAUAUUCUGGGUCUACCGAAUGGUCAAGGUAUUCUGUAACAUUCUCAGUUACUGGGAGAUCCGACAGUUCUACAUCAAAGCACUGAAGAUCAGAAUGGAAGAGCUGUGUAACUUCACCUGGCAGGAGGUGCAGUGCCGUCUGAUCAGCCUGCAGCGGGAGCAGCAGAUGUGCAUCCACAAGAAGGAGCUGACCGAGCUGGACAUAUACCACCGCAUCUUGCGCUUCAAGAACUACAUGGUGGCCAUGGUCAAUAAGUCUCUGUUGCCUGUACAGCUAAAGCUCCCCCUGCUGGGCAAUCUGGUGUUCCUCACCCAGGGCCUCAAGUACAACUUUGAGCUGAUUCUCUUCUGGGGUCCGGGUUCGCUGUUCCAGAACAAAUGGAACCUGCACCCCAAGUAUAAGCGUGCCGGGAACCGCCUAGAGCUGGCACAGCAACUGAGCCGGGUCAUCCUUCUUAUGGGCUUGGCCAACCUGAUCCUCUGCCCUUUCAUUCUAGUAUGGCAGGUGCUCUAUGCCUUCUUUAGCUACACUGAAAUCAUCAGGAGGGAGCCAGGGAGUCUGGGAGCGCGCCGCUGGUCGCUUUACGGGCGCCUCUACUUGCGGCACUUCAACGAGCUUGAUCACGAGCUGCACGGCAGGCUGGGCCGUGGCUACAAGCCCACCUCCAAGUACAUGAACUCAUUCACCUCACCGCUGCUGACCGUACUUGCCAAGAACGUUGCGUUUUUCUCCGGCUCCGUGCUGGCUGUUCUCAUUGCGCUGACCGUGUACGAUGAGGAUGUCUUGACUGUGCAGCACAUCCUCACUGCCAUCACCGUGCUGGGAGUCAUAAUCACCAUAACCAGGUCGUUUAUCCCAGACGAACACAUGGUGUGGUGCCCAGAGCAGCUGCUGCAGUGUGUGCUGGCUCACAUCCACUACAUGCCGGACCACUGGAGGGGUCACGCCAACAAGAGUGAGACCCGGGACGAGGUGGCGCAGCUGUUCCAGUAUAAAGCGGUGUUCAUCCUGGAGGAAUUGAUGAGCCCCAUCAUCACCCCCUUCAUCCUCAUCUUCCACCUGAGGAACAAGUCCCUGGAGAUCAUCGACUUCUUCCGGAACUUCACCGUGGAGGUCGUCGGUGUGGGAGACAUCUGCUCUUUCGCCCAGAUGGACAUCCGUCGCCACGGGAACCCAAUGUGGAUGUCGGAGGGCCAGACAGAGGCGUCUGUGUACCAGCAGGCUGAGAAUGGCAAGACAGAGCUGUCCCUGAUGCACUUCACCAUCAAGAACCCCCGCUGGCAGCCUCCCCAGGAGAGUUCAGUGUUCAUCAGCCACCUGAAGGAGAAGGUGCACCACGAUGCCCAGGGUGGACCCCCCACACAGCUGCUACUCUCCGAGGCUCCACUCUGCUCCUCCCUGCUCUCCAAUGAGUCUGGCAAUGGACCCGACAACCUGCUGGCCAGUGUCCUGGCCCACCCCGUCCUGACCGCGUCGGGCUUACCGGGCCGAGACCGUCGCUUCGUAGCCCCGAGCACGGCGGCCUCGGCCGCAGCCAGCGUCCUGGCUUCGCUGUCCAUCUCCCACUCCCAGCUGCCCCACCCUGAGGGCACACUGUACCGCAGCGAUCACACCGUCAUGGACAGCGUGUCGGCCAGUGACUCUCAGAUCAAGAGCACAGCGAUGCUUUCGGAGUUCGCCUCGGCUGAGAUGAGUCUCCAUGCCAUUUACAUGCACGAGGUCCACCAACAGAACUCAUUACCCAAUCAGAGGACAUCAGGCCAGUGGCAGAACCCAGUGCCAAUGAGAGAUUUAAGCAGAAACACUGGUUGUCCCGCAAACAGCAGCCACACACCAGUCAGCCUGACUAGUGUGCCCACCCCAUUGCGCCUGGGAGGCUGGACGGAGGAAGAGGAGGAGGAUGCAGAGGAAGAGGAGAUCCUCAACAGUGGGUCAACUCCUAAACAGGACUCCAGGAGUAGCUGUUGAAGUGCCUUAAAUAAAGGGUGUUUACACUUUCUCAACGAACAUUGUGGCCUUAGAUGAUCUUUUUUGGGGAGUAUGGGAUAGAGAGGACUUGUGUGACAUCACAACACACAGAGCGGGCAAUUGACAGAACUCAGUGGACAACCAGUGUCUGUCUUCAACCCUCAUCUUCGCCUCUCUCCCUAUCACAUUAGGAGGUGCAGCGUCAGGGAAACCCACCUUAUGUCUUCCAUUCCUCUCUCCAUGUCAUCAUAAAAUGUAUGUACAUCACUCACAUAGAGGACCGGAGUCUGUCUGUUUGAGAGCGCAGUUUAUUUAAGGAUUUAUUCUAUUCUGGGUGUGUGUCUGCGCGUAUGUGUCUGCGCGUAUGUGUCUGCGCGUAUGUGUCUGCGCGUAUGUGUGUGUAUAUGUGUGUAUAUGUGUGUG